AUUCAACCAGGAGGAGAAGUUGGCUCUCUAGCAACUUAUUCCACUUGGGUGUCAGUCCUUUUGCUUUAUCAGAUCGCAACUCUAGUUUUCCGGCGCCGGGAAAACUGACAACCAGUAGGGCGGCGACGUUGUAAUUAGUUUAGCGUGAGACAUGGCCCCGGGAAUACCUAUUAGUACCGUCACUAGCACCGGCAAGGUCGCCACGCUCAACGCUGGCUACUCCAAGCGUGCCUAUGUCACCUUCCUAGCCGGAAACGGCGACUACGUCAAAGGAGUCGUCGGCCUGGUAAAGGGUCUGCGUAAGGUGAAGAGCGCAUACCCGUUGGUGGUCGCCGUCCUGCCGGACGUACCGGAGGAACACCGGAAAGUCCUUACUUCACAGGGCUGCAUAGUUCGCGAGAUCGAGCCCGUAUACCCGCCGAAAAACCAAGUCCAGUUCGCCAUGGCCUACUACGUCAUCAACUACUCUAAGCUCCGUAUAUGGGGGUUUGAGGAGUACAGCAAGAUGGUUUACUUGGAUGCAGACAUCCAAGUGUAUGAGAACAUAGACCACCUGUUUGAUGCAGCAGAUGGAUACUUCUAUGCUGUUAUGGACUGCUUCUGUGAGAAGACAUGGAGCCACACGCCUCAGUACUCCAUUGGCUACUGCCAGCAGUGCCCGGAGAAGGUGGCUUGGCCUGCUGAAAUGGGACCGCCACCAGCACCCUACUUCAACGCUGGGAUGUUUGUGUUUGAGCCCAGUACGCUCACCUGUGACAGCCUCCUUGAGACCCUCAAGGUCACUCCUCCUACCCCAUUUGCAGAGCAGGACUUCUUGAACAUGUUCUUCGAAAAAUUUUACAAGCCCAUCCCACUGGUUUACAACUUGGUGCUAGCCAUGCUAUGGCGCCACCCCGAUAAGGUCGAUCUAGAGAAAGUCAAGGUGGUGCAUUACUGUGCUGCUGGUUCCAAACCUUGGAGGUACACAGGCAAAGAUGCUAACAUGGGCAGGGAGGAUAUCAAGAUGCUAGUGCAGAAAUGGUGGGAUAUCUUCAACGAUAAGUCUCUCGACUUCAAGGAAGAGGACCCAGUCAUGGUGGGAGAGAGCUUGCCAAGGGCGGUUCUUAUGACUGACAUGCCUGAGCCUGCAAUAAACUUCAUCCCUGCACCAUCUGCUGCUUGAUCUCGGCUAGCUGGAUCACCUUCAUAUCAGUAGUAUAAUAAGACAUGUAUUGUAUUAUUGAUCACCUUAUCUCUCCAAGCAGCUCCAAGCAGCCACAUCUUCAUUAUCAAACUUCUUGAGGUGUACAAUUGUGUGUGUUUGUUUCUCUCUCCAUUUCCCUGGUUGCAGAUGCAUGUCAGAGACAUCGGUUGGAACAUUGAAACCGACAGUGUCACAAUAUAAACGACAUAUGAAA